UCAAGGCUAAGCAACUGCGAGGCAAGAAGAAGGAAGAGCUUCUGAAGCAACUCGAUGAUUUGAAAAAAGGAAUCUACACUGUACGCAAGUCUGUUGCCCGCGUGCUCACAGUCAUCAAACAGACACAGAAAGACAACUUGUACAAAUGUUACCGGAAGAAGACCCACAAGCUCAAGGAUCUCCACCAGAAGAAGACCAGGGCCCUGCGUCGGGCUCUCACACCGUACGAGUUGUCCCUGAAGAGCAAGAAGGAGCUGAGACAACAGAAACUUUACCCUCUAAGGAAAUAUGCUGUCAAAGAAUAA